UCUGAUUCCCGAGGUCUCUACAAACCUCCUUUAACGGAAAAUCUGGGCCGAGGCUCUACCUCAUUGAUCGCAAGAAUAAGACCAGGUGUUGUCCUAGGGUAUUUAAAAUACCCUAGGUUUAUAUGGUGGCAUACCGAAGCAACAAGCAGUCACUCUCUUGUGCAGAAUGUCAAGCGAAGUUUUGAAGUUGAAGAGAAGCUUUUGGAUUUAUUAGGCACGCACCCAAGAAUAAUACGCUAUCUCGGUGUCUCGCAUGAGCCCCGUGGGCUUCUGUUCGAAGAGGCUACUGGUGGUAAUUUGCAGGCUUACAUUGACCAGCAUCAUCCUAAUAUCGAUCUCAAUCUUCGAUUGAAGUGGUGUUCCCAGGCAGCCGAAGCUGUCCAUUAUCUUCAUCAAAAAGGCGUUAUUCAUUCUGAUCUCCGACCAGAGAAUUUCCUAUUAUACUUUGACUCCUAUGACACGCUCGAUCUUUUGUUAUGUGAUUUUGGAGAGUCAACGAGUGGUGAUAUCGAUGGUGGGCAUCUUCCCGACCCCGGAUUUUUUAAUCCCUCCAGAGGGUGGGCUUCGACAGAGGCUGUAGAUAUCUUCAGUCUAGGCUCAAUCUUCUAUACGUCUGCGGUGGAGAAAUCCGACUAUGAUGUGAUGGUAGAUGAUCUUUUCUCCUGUGGAAAGUAUCAUCCUGUCAACGAUCUAUUUGUGGCUGCAUAA